AUGGAUAUAAUGAGAAAGGAAAAAGUGCAAAGGAAUAGGAUUGAGGAGAAGGAUGACAAUGAUGAUAGUGAUAACUUCCAAAGUGUAUACAAAAGAGUAGUAGUAAAGAACAGGAUUUUAAACGAAAAGACAAACAGCAAAAAUGCAUUUUUAGAGAUGUUAGAAAUAAGCAGAGUUAAUGAUUAUAAUAUAAUGAUGAAAUAUGAGUACAUACUAAAGCUGUGUUUUUUUAGUAGCAAUGUAAAUGUUUUAAAUGUAUACAGAUUGGUAAAGUCUGAAUAUGAAAAAGAAUUUGAUGAAGUAGCAGCUUAUUUGAGAAGCAAUAUUUUAAUUAGUAUAAUGGAUACGAAUCAAAUAAAUGAUAAGAGUGAACAUGUAGGUGAAUAUUUUAUAAAAAAUUAUGAACAGCUGAAAAAUUUCGAAUACAUAAUAGGGAAUACAGAUUAUCCAUUAGGAUUUGAAAAAAAUACUAAUGGGAUAUUUCGAGUGUACCUAUUUAAAAUAAUACCUAGUAGAACUCUCUUAUUAAAUGAAACUAAUUUGGAUUAUAUAAAAAAUGGCGAAAUUCCAAAUAAUUAUGAUUCCAUUGCAGUAGAUAGAGAAUUAUAUUAUGAACAAAUGGGUUCAUUGAAUCUAAAGCCAGGUGGAAAGGAAAAUGAAACAAUAAGAAGCGGUUACACCAAGGGUGGUAAUAAGAGCAAUAAUACAAAAACUGGCACAAAUUAUAGCUAUAUAUAUAAAGUAAAAUCUGCAGAACAAGUUCUACCUUUAUUACUAAUUGAAUUUGAAUUCAAAUGCUUACGAGUCGAUAUUAGUGUUCCUAUAUGUGAAUACUGCUACACUACUAAAGCUAUUUAUUAUUGUCAUAAUGAUAAAGUACAUUUAUGUGAUGUAUGUGAUAUAAAACAUCACGAAAAAAAUAGAAUUUUGAAAAAUCAUAAAAGAAUACAUAUAUCAGAAUCACCAUAUCAGUUUGGGAAAUGUGCGUAUCAUCCAAACGAAUUAGUGGAAAGUAUUUGUAUGAAAUGUUAUUGUAGCCUUUGUUCUAAUUGUCUCUUAAUAGGGAGCCAUUCAAGGAGUAAUUGUCGUAAUCAUCCCAUUGUUAAUAUAAAAGAUGCGUUUAUUUUAUCAAAUAAGAAAAAGUCAUUAAGUGAUAUAAAUUUAGAAAAUAGGAAGAUAAGAAUAUUGAAUUUGCUAAAAAAAAAACACAAAUUGUUAGCAGAGAUUUACUCUAAUUAUACUUCAUUACAAAAAAGAAUAGAUACAUUGUAUAAAUAUAUAAUUGAUGAAUUAAAAGUUUUAAAAAAAAAAAAAAUGCAAUUUUUAAUGGCAUUGAAAAGAGCGGUAUUGUCUCAAUUGUUAAUAAUCGAGUGGACAGAAGCUUUUUUUUUUCACACAAAAUUAUCAUUGAAUUUAUCCGAUUUCAUUUUAUAUCAAAAAAAACAUGAAUUGGUUAUUCAAUUUUUAAUGGCAAAUAAUUGGAAAGACCUGAAUUUGAUUAAACAUGCACCGUAUUGGUUAUUCCAAAAAAUUUUUGUCAAAUCGAAUUUAUGCAUAUAUGAAGAUAAUUUUUUUAAACUCAAUUUUAUCAGCCCAAAAGAUCUCGAAAGUGGAAUUCCCAAAAAUAAUUUAGUUAAAAAGGGAUGUAUUCUGAAAGCAAAUGAAAAUCGAUUAGAAGACAUGUACAAUUUUAACAAUGUUCUUAAUGAUAAGAAGGGAUACUUAGGGUUAUACGACGAAACAAAUUUUGAAGAAGAAUCACAGGAGGGGGGAGAGGAAGAGAAUGAAGAAGAAGAGAAAAAAAAAAACAAGAAUCAGACUAGUGUUAAAUACUCAGGGAUAGGUUCUAACGAUGUGGAUGAAUUAUCGAAAGAAAUACGAACGAAUCAGUGGAAAAACAUUUCGUUCAAUUUAAGACAUACGAAAGAAAUAGAAGAUACAGGUGAAUUAAGCACACAUGAGAUUCAAAACAUUUUAACAUUGAAUAAGGAUUAUUCAUCAUUGUACGAUUUGACAGAGGAUAAACCAACCAACAGUAAUUUGUUAUGCGGACUAUUUCGAGAUGAACAUGAGUUGAAAAAUUUACAAGAUAGGAAAACCCCACUGAAACAAUCACAUAUGUACAAAGAAUUGUGGAAACAUUUGGUUAAUUACAAAUAUAUAAAUGUUAUACAUAUACUUAAAGCAAAGUGCAGUUUGAAUACCUUGCUGUUAACUUAUUCCUUUUUUAACGUUUCUAAUUAUUAUGAUUGUAUGGAAGACAUAGUGAAGCACAUAAUUAAACAUGAAAUAUACACACUACUUAAUAAAAACAUUGACUAUCAUACUAAGAUGAAAGUAACUCAAGUUUUGGAUAAUGUGGCCACUUUGUUAUGUCUUCGAAGAUUUAAAUUGGCACCACUAAUUGAUAAAUAUAUAGAAUUAUGCUUUUCAAAAAUUGAAAAGGAAGAAAAGGAAAUUCUUUCCUAUACGCGACAGAAACAGAAAAAAGAUGAACAUGUGUAUGAAAACAGUUAUAAACAAAUAGAGAAGAAUUUAACAUCGGUAGAAUUAUCAUUUGGGAAAGUGGAAAGUAGUAAUAAUAUGCAUAAUGAAAAUGUUCCUCUUAUGAUGUUAAAAAAGGAGCAAAAUGGUUACUGCAAAAUUGAAAAGGAUAAGGAAAAAAGCACCAGUAUUGAAUCAAAUGAAAAGAAAGGGGCCAUAUCAAGAGGAGUAAAUAACAUUUUAGAAGUAGAUCAAACCGUGCUUGAAGAAGACAAUACAAUUAUUGAAGACAUAAAUACCAAAUUGGAUGAAAAAGAAUUCGUGAAUAUGAACAAUCUUAAUGAUGCAGAUGAUGAUGUAUUGUGCUUAAAUAUAGAUGAAAAAAAAGAAUUCUCUAUUUUAAAAAAAAUAAAUGAAUAUAUAUAUAUAUAUUUGGAAAUGUUAAUAAACGACUUGGUAAAUAUACCCCAUAAGGAUUUAAAUGAUGGAAUACGAUUAAUAUUUUAUUUGAUACAUGACGAAAUAGAUGGAAUGAAUAAGAAUUUAAUGAUGAAUGAAAAGAAAUACAGUAUACAUACCUUAUCCUUAUGUUUAGACUUAUUCCUAAACUCUGUGUUAUAUCCAUAUAUUUUUUAUGUACACGAGGAAAAUGUGAAUGCACAGAUACGGACAAAUUACAUGCUUUAUCAAAAGGUGGUGAUUAUGUUUGGUCAAAUCUUACGAGAAAUUUCUAUAUACAUUUUUCAAAUUUACAAUUUGGGCAUGUACGACAAUAAUUUGAAGGCUUUUAUAAAUAAUAUUAAGGAUAAUAAAAUACUCCUAGAUAAAGCAACCAAUGAGAAGAUGUUUUUCCUCGACGUUUCUCAGAAGCUUUUCAAAUGGAUCAUCAAAAAUUUGGAGUCGCCUAGGUUCUAUUCCCCUAUGAAGUGGAAUUCUAGUGAGACGGUGGAAAAAAGUUACGAGCGCAUAAUCAAUGAAAUAGUUAGUAUUGACAAAUCGUCAGCAAAUAAUUGCAUAAAUGAAAAUGUGGAUUAUAACGUCUUAUUCAGCACAUCGAAUUUUAAGGAGAUAUUGUCUCUUUGCUACUCUAUACAAAACAGUUGCACAUGA